ACAAACAAGAAAAAGAGUAAUUAGGUCAACAACAUCGACGAGCUCGCUACUUUGACGUUCCCUUCGAGAUUGAUAAUGCCUCGAUACGAUGAUCGCUAUGGCAAUACACGGCUCUAUGUUGGCCAUUUGGCUCCUCGAACGCGAUCCCGUGAUCUGGAGCGCAUUUUCAGCAGAUAUGGGAGGUUUCUGGGCGUUUGCCUGACCUGGAGGUCUAUGGUGAGAGAGUCGCUUUGGUGGAAUGGGUGGAAAUUCUUGCCAAAUGUAUAGGGCACCUUCGCGAUUCUUUAUCUAAUGUUAUUGCGUGUUUUAAUGGAAAUGGCAACAAUCUCAAACUGGUGUUUAGUUCGUCUGUGACUGUGAAGAUGAAGUAUCAUACCCUAGGAGUACUUAAGUAAUGAUGGCCUUACUGUUUAUGACAACAAUUUACGCAGAAUACGGGAUGUGGAUAUGAAGCAUGAUUUCGCUUUUGUUGAAUUCAGUGAUGCUCGAGAUGCUGAUGAUGCUAGGUAUAAUUUAGAUGGUAGGGAGUUUGAUGGAAGUCGUAUCGUUGUGGAGUUUGCCAAGGGGGUACCGCGUGGUUCUCGGGAAUAUUUGGGCAGAGGUCCACCUCCUGGUUCUGGUCGUUGCUUCAAUUGUGGUAUUGAUGGUCACUGGGCUCGAGAUUGCAAAGCUGGAGACUGGAAGAACAAAUGUUAUCGCUGUGGGCAAAGAGGACACAUAGAGAGAAACUGCAAAAAUAGCCCCAGAGAGCUGAUCAGACGGGGGAGGAGUUACUCUAGAUCACCAGUUAGAUCACGCUCCCCUUACCGUAGAAGAAGCCGGAGUCGUAGUUACAGCCGUGGUCGCAGCUAUAGUCGAUCAAGGUCUCCGGUGAAGAGAGAGAGUAGCAUUGAACGUGAAGAUAGAAUAGAGAGUCCUGAGGCCGUGAACAGCCCACCUCCCUCCAAAGGGAGGAGACGGAGCAUAACACCAGAGGAAGGCAGCCCAAGGGAAAAAGAUAGUCCUUCCCCAAGACGUAGGAAGAUAGUGACCCAACAAGAUGGUUCAGAGUACAGUGGUAGCCCGAGGAGAAGGAGCAGAAGCCCCUCUAGUCCUAAAAGAGGGAGCCCAGUGGGAAUCCAAUCUGGAAGCCCUCUGGAGGGCAAUGGACGUGGCAGCAGCCCGAGUCCGAGAGAUGACCAAAGCCCUGUUGAUGAUGAGUAUGAUUAUAACCAACAAUCCCCAAGGGGCAGUGGAUCACCUUAAAGUUUAUCUGAACUAAAAAUGUCUAUCCGGAGAUGUAUGUGAUCAUCAAAAUCUUCAAUUCUCUUACAUCAGUUUCCGUAACUUUUCAUUUUAAUUUAUCCUCAGAGCUAUUGUUAACAGUUUCCAGGUCUAGACCGCAUAGAAUUAUAACUAUUGUUACUUUCUGCUGAGUUGGGACUUUUUUGAUGUUGAUGACAAAUGAUCUUUGCGAAAAUUCUAUAAACUGUCAAGAUCGUUUGAACCGAAGUUAUAAUUAUUGUGACAUAUUAUGGCUUUGAAAAGUCUUGUAUUCUCAGUUUGAAAAAUAUCAAAAGGGAGAAUCUGAAGUUCAUUAA